AAAAAUUUCUAUUUUCACUUGCAUAAAGUAAAAUUUACAUGUUGUCAGAAUGUAAUUUGACGCAAUGAUGAUCAAAUUUUAUUUGCAGGUUAUUUAUAAGGUAAACGAACAUAAUAUUAUAGAUUAAACUACACUGAUAGCGUAAAAGACUUUACGUUGUCAAUGCUAAUUAAUUCCACUACUAAUUCCUGUAACCUAGCCAGAUAAACCUUCGAAAAAAUCAACCUAAAUCAUAGUACUUCUAGUUUACUUUUACAUUAUACAGUCGAAAUUCAAAUUGAAGAAUGUACUACUGCACUUAUCUCAUUCAGUUAAUGCUACUAAGACUUUCAUCUCACACUAGUUCUCUGAGUUAAGGAUGGAUAGUUGACUGCAGCAACUUGUACUGGUCAACUCGCUUUCCAGUCUCAUGUGAAAAGUCUACACAGUUAAAUGAGUUACUUGGACUUGUACUAGAGUUAAACUUGUGCCUUCUCAAAUAGGCAAUGAAUGAUCAACUAGUUGAAGCCGUCAGCAGUGCUUCUUUACCUCUGGCAAACACUACUGAAGCCAAAGUAAGAUGUGUUGAGCGUGAGAGGGAUGCCCUAUUAAGAUUCAAGCGAAGUCUCACGGAUCCCUCUGACCGACUGGCUUCUUGGAUUGGCGAAGAAUGCUGCAUAUGGAAAGGUGUUUCUUGUGACGUACAAACUGGUAAUGUCAUCAGGCUUGACCUCAAAGAUACAUCAGGCAAUUGCUAUCGGAAGAAAAUGGGAUAUCUGAUUUCUGGCAAUUCGUCGUGCUUGGGUGGCAAGAUCAGUCCUGCUUUACUUGACUUGCAACAUUUAGAGUAUUUAGACCUUGGUGGAAAUGACUUCCAAGGACUUGCCACUCCCACUUUCUUGGGUUCUUUUGAAAAACUACAAUACCUAAACCUCACUCGUUCAUCUCUCGUUGGUAUUCCUCCUUCAUUUGGGAAUCUGUCAAAUUUACAAUAUUUAGGCCUACGUGCAUAUUCCUAUCCUUACGAUACUGUUGAAAGUAGUUGGAUCAAAGAUUUGAAUUGGGUUUCUGGUUUGUCCUCUUUGAAGUAUCUUGAUCUUUCUCAUGUGAACCUUUCUUUGGCAACACAUUGGCUUGAGUCUUUUAAUAAGCUGCCAUCCUUAGUGACUCUGAACUUGGUGAACAGUAAUCUUAAUCAUCUCCCUUUCUCCUUUCCCAACUGGAAUAUGACUUCCCUUUCUAAUCUCUACCUUUCAGGCAAUAACUUUGUUAAUUCUGUGUUGCCUAAAUGGUUGUCUAAUGCCACCACCCUUCAGACACUUGAUAUAGCAAUCAACAACAUAGAAGGCCCAAUAUCAAAUGUUGAAUGGGGUAAACUAUGUAAUCUGCGGGAUUUGUAUCUAACGCAGAAUAAAAUUAAUGGAGACAUAAGCGGAGUAGUGGAAGGGUUGUCCAGCUGCAACAACAACACCCUAGAGUUCUUAGGUCUUGCUGGAAACCGGUUGACAGGGAAGUUUCCGAAUUCAUUAGGACAUUUGAAGAACUUAAGGAUGAUUAGUGUAUCUUUUAACCAGAUAUCUGGCAGGAUUCCCACAUCUAUUAAGAAGCUGUCAAGGUUGGAAAUUUUGGACUUGGGACAAAAUCAACUGAAGGGAGUCUUACCUGAAAGUAUAUUUAAUCUUACUGAAUUAACUCAGUUGUUCCUUGCAACAAAUGAUUGGGAAGGCGAUCUUUCGCAAAAUGACUUUGCAAGACUCCAUCAACUGAAGGUUUUAGCCAUAUCAUGUGGAGAAAGGUUUGCUGUCAACUUGAGCAGUGAAUGGAUUCCUCCAUUUAACCUCACAUAUAUCGAGCUCAGAAAAUGCAGUUUGGGCCCCAAGUUACCGACAUGGCUGAAAACUCAGAAGCAACUUCACACUAUUAUUCUCUCCAAUGACUCCAUUUCAGAUCCUAUACCUGCUUGGCUUUGGACAAUGUGCUCACAAUUGCAGUUUCUCGAUCUAUCAGAUAAUGAGAUUGGUGGAAAUCUUCCAAGGUUAGUAAAUUUUCCAUCAUCGCUAAGCCGGACAGUGGACUUCUAUUCUAGUUACAGUGUUGGUGUUGUGGUGGACUUAAGUUCCAAUAGCUUCCAUGGUUUGUUACCUCUUUGGCCAAAUGUGACACAUUUGAAUCUCGCGAACAACCUGUUUUCAGGAUCUAUUCCUGAAAACAUUGGUCAUAUGAUGACAAAACUCCAAGUUAUAGAUCUAUCCGGAAAUGCUUUUACAGGAUCUGUACCAUAUUCAAUAACAAGAGUGAAGCAGCUAAUGAGAUUGGACCUUUCAGACAAUCAUUUAUCUGGAAAGAUCCCUGACUGGUGGGAUGAGUUGCAACAACUUCAUGUCAUAGAUUUGUCAGGAAAUACUCUUUCAGGUGGUAUUCCUCCUUCAAUAUGUUCACCACCUUCACUUUUUUGGUUGAGCUUGAGUCGUAAUAACCUUUCCGGAGAACUUCCAAAAUCAUUAAGCUACUGCAAAAGCUUGCUUACACUUGAUAUUGGAGAGAAUAAAAUCAGUGGCUCCAUACCGGAGUGGUUCGGAGAAAGUCUCAUACCUUUGCAAAUGCUUAGAAUGACGGACAACAUGAUUGGUGGAUACAUUCCACCACAACUUUGCCUACUUCUUGGCCUUCAAAUUCUUGAUCUUUCCCAUAACAAUUUGACAGGUUCUAUCCCUUCCUGCUUAGGAAGUCUGAGGGGUCUUAAGUCCGUGAAAUUUCACAAGUGGCAUCCCAAUUACUACUACUUCAACUAUGUUUUUACGCCCAAGAUGGAGUUGGUUAAGAAGGGAACAAGGAUGACAUACACCUCUACCUUAGAUCAAGUGAAUCUUAUUGAUCUUUCAAGCAACAAUCUUCAUGGGGAAAUUCCAAAUGAGAUUACAGGCCUUUCAGCAGUGGGCACUUUGAAUUUAUCUUGGAACCAAUUAUCAGGAAGAAUUCCAGAUGACAUAGGGAGCAUGCAGCUUUUGGAGACACUAGACCUUUCCUCUAACCAUCUCUCAGGUUCUAUCCCAUUGAGCAUGACAUCCAUCACUUCAUUGAGCCAUCUUAACUUGUCGUAUAACAACCUUGGUGGCCCUAUCCCAUCAAAAAACCAAUUUGGAACCUUCACUAAUCCUUCAAGUUUUGAAGGUAAUCCAGAACUGUGUGGGAAACCAUUGAAUACGGAUUGCUCUCCACCCAGAAAAAGAGAAAUGAAUAAGAAGAUUGAAGAAGACGAUGAUGAUGAUGGGGAAGAAAGGCUGUGGUUUUUAGUGAGCGCGGGAAUAGGAUUUGUCAUAGCAUUUUUAGUGACAUUUAGUAGCUUGACAGUGAAGAAGUCCUGGGGACACAGCUACUUCCAUUUCUUGGAGGAAGUUGGAGAAAGAAUUAUCAGGAGCUGUAUUGUUUUCAAGGCUUGCUUGUUUAGGAUUUUCAAAGUCAGAAGGAAGUAGGUUCUAAAGUAUUUAUUGCAACCAAGAGCUGUUUCUGCUUAUUAUAUUUUUCAUCAUCUAGUUUAGUUAUCAGCUCAUAUACAGUCUAUUUUCUGACACCCUAUUAUGUGUAUAUACAGUAACUGUUUCUGCUUAACUUUACUUUUGAUAGUUCUUUAGCUAUGGUGUUUGUAUCCAUAGUACUUGGUUUUAUUGCACUGAAUAAAAAAGGUGACCCUUGUCCUUCUGUUC